AUGGAUCGCCGUAGUACGCGCAGUGGGGCCCCGGCUGACAACUCGACGUCCGGGUCGUCCAGCACCAGUCGUGGAUCGUCCUCCACCCCUAUUACCAGGAGUACGUCCAGUGGCGAUCCAAGCCCCUGUCCAGCGCCUGUCCCGUCGCCUCUUCCUUCCGGCGCAAAGGUCUCCGACAUUGGAGACCAGUCCGACGAGGAUGGCGGCGAGGGUGAGCUUGCCGAGGCGUACGACGAGGUCGAGGCCAUCGAGGAGGCCAUCUUCAUCAUCGGCAGGCGCCAAACGCUGGAGGAGAAGCUGGCUUCCGUUCUGGUGUGGGACAAGCUCCGUUGCGCCAAGAAAAACGUCCCAUAUGAGCCCAGGACAACCAUGAGCGACCUGCACUUUGGUCCUUUUGCUGCCAUUUGCGUUGAUGAGGCCAGUCUCGGCGCCAGCGCCAUCCGCGCCAAGCUCACGUCCUGGCUCCUCGAAGGAGGUGUGGCGCCGUACCACACCGACGACAUCGUGGACGCGGCGUCGGGUGUUCCGGAGCACAUCCAGAAGCUCCGCAACUACCUCGCCCGCACGCGGAUCCUGGCUCCCUCCAUUGACCUGAGAGACCAGAUGAAGGCGGGGGACGACGGCGAUAUUGGAGACCUCCCUCUCCACACACCCGACAACGUGCAGGCCGCCAUGCUGGACCACCUGGCCCGCUUCUUCAACAACGAAGACGGGACUGGUCCCCGCCACGAGGAGAUCGGCACCAUUGCCGUCCUUCUCAACCACCUCCACGCCAUUCAGGCAGCCGUCUCUCGCGGAGCCGUCGUCGGCGAGCAGAGGAGGCGGUGGGUGAACGAUGUGACGACCUUCCGUUCGAUGGGCGAGGCGUACGUGUGGAAGGCUACCCUGCCUGAGCCCGACAUCACCGAGGUGAUUCGAGGCUACCAUCUGCGUCCGCCCAACGCUGCUGUCCAGCAGGCAAUGGAGGUGUUGAAGCGCGAUGCUCCUUCACGCUUCAUUGUGGUUGAGGCCGAGGUGCGUCAACGCCGCCCGGACGCCCCCAGGAUGCCGGUCAACCAGGACGGUGUCCCGACGCUGUUCUUCCUCCAGCACACCACCGAAAACCUCGCACGCUUCCUCCUGUGCGUGCUCCUCCGGUGGUUGCUGGAGUGCAACUACCUGUUCGCUCCGGACUUGGCCCUCGACAUCCUCGGGGUCUUUGUCCACCUGGCGCACAACACUCUCCUGUACGGGUACGACCGUCGUCCUGGCCUGGUGAACACCGUCGACCCUACGACUGGGCUUCCAUCAAACCACGGUGGACUUUUGGGCCGUCCGGGUCGCAUGACCUACACCGGCCACGAAGCAAUGGAUGUCGUACCCGUUCCCGACGAUUGUCGCUUUCUACGAGGCAAUGCAGGUACCCUGCAGGCAUUCGUGGACGACCUGGCGACCAAAGGUAUCGACACUUUCGAAGGCGUGGUACUCGGCUUGUUCCGCCCAUCGCCCCUCAUGGUCGAGCUUUGGGCACGCAACAAGGUCACGUCUGAUCAGGCCGUGUGGUGCGACCCCCACCUCAUCGCUAGCCUCGAGUGA